AUGCCUUGUGUGUGUGUGUCCUCUGCAUUCCCAACAAAGCUCAAGGUGAGGAAAGAAGUGAAGAAAGCUGAAAAGCGCCACUGCGGUGCUACAAUGCCGAAAGACCUCGACGGCGGCUACGGUUGGCUGAGGGAAAUUGCUGCGGUUUGGCAGAGUCUGGCAUUUGGCCGAGAUGACUGGCGCCGAGUCGCCCAGACGAGACCCGGAGGCGGGAUGUGGCGAGGCCAAUCAGGAGCCUUUCGCUGCUGCUUCCACGGCUGUGGUGCCGUUCAAACUGGAUGCACAGGGGCUCCGCUCGUCUUCUCCGACGCUGCCAUGUCGCAUCUGCAGGCGAUCCGACAAUGCCAUGCUCCCUCCCAGACGCAUCUCGAACCAGCUUACCCGCCCGCCCGCAGACAGUGUCACUGUGGCCGCAUUCCCGCCGCCCGCACUGUCUCUCUCGACCAACGCAACGUGGCUCGACACAGUGCUCCUCGUAGUUAG